AUGGACAGCUUUCCUCAUGCGAGCCGUGCCGAAAGUCCAAAUUACGAUGUGACCACCGAAGUCCCGUCUGCGCCCCGUGCCCCCAGGGUGAUCUCGCGGAGACCAAAGAGGCAACGCGCGGACAAUCAGCUGGUUUUCCGUGUCGAUCAGAGAAUCUCCAGCACAGCCGCGCCAAGCUCGUCAGAUUUACCAGUCACAGACGCAAAUUCGUUAUGCGACCAACAUAUCGCACCAUGGACUGCGAAGGAGAAGCGAACUCUGAGACCGGGUGUUCUAGGGAUGGUCUCUCCCAAAGAUCUUUUCAGUGAGUAUGAAGAUAGCCUGCCUGUCGAGGAACUGGGCCGCCUACUAGGAUCGACAGUAGCAACUACUGCAUGUCCACCUAGCGAUUCGAAUCAAGUGUUGCUAGGAGCUCAAAUCUUAUCACACUUACAGAAGAUUCGUUGGUUCUAUGAAAUUAUUGAAUCGAAGGACAAGAUCGCUCCAGGAUGGGUUUUGGGUCCGCCUUUGACUCGCGCGUUGUGUCGUUCCGUUGAACAAAUUUAUGAUUCUGCAGUUCGCGGCUCCCAGGAUACGCAUGCGUCGCUAUUCAGCCUGUCCCGUCAAAUAUUCGCCAACACAUCCGAGGAUAUUCGGACAACUUCAACAAUGCAUUUGUCAGAGUAUUUCGAUUCGAUAGCGGCGAGAUGGGAAACAAUCGGGCUUGUGUUCGUCUUGUUAGGGACAGCAUUAUUCCAUAUCCCUGACGAUGACCCGAUAUUUACACAUCGCAACCCAUGGAAGCUUGAGAAAAGCCAGCUCAGAAGCAUUGCCAUCACCGUUAGUGAAACUUGCUGGCAAUUUUCUAAUGGCACCGGAACAGCGAGCGACGCUCUUUGCUGGCUUACGACCCAACAACUAUCUCUUUUGACUAUGAUGGUUGGCUAUAGCGACUACCGGGUCUGGCAAAAGCUAGGAGACCUAUCCACCAUUAUCUACGGAUCCGGGUUGCAUCAAGCUGGGGGGAAUUUCGAGCAAGGCGUUCCAUUCUUCCUGCUUGAAUUACGAAAGCGUGUCAUGGCGUGUGCGUAUGGAAUUGAUAAGGACCUGGCGACUCUUUUGGGCCGCCCCCCUCGCAUAUGCUCGCGAUACUGUAGUCUCCCGCUCCCCCUGGAUAUCACUUACGAUGCGAUGGUCCGCCCCCAAAGCGAGGGAGAGAAUAGAUUCCAAAAACUCGACGCAAACGGUUGGAACACCGACGGAAUUCUGACUGUCAGCGCUAUGCUUCGCGUCGCCCUACUAACUAGCUUGUUGCGCGAAAGUAUCCUUGAAUUAUCUUUGAGCCCCAAUACGAAGGACAUUCCAGUCAUAGUUGAAAAGUUGAUUCAAGAAUCUCGCCAGACGCAACAAGAUCUUCCCUCAUUUAUGCAUUGGUCUCCCGAACAGGCUGCAGCAGGCGUUUACAAUUCUCCUCGAGACGAGGGCCGCGCAUUCGCACACACAGAAUUCAUGUACCAGGAGUUUUUGUUGCACCGAAUCUUAUUAAAGCGCGUUGGGAUAGCUUCACAAGGUCUUAUUGAAAGCUCCCUUGAUAUUAUCACCACACUGGUGGAUACUACUAUCGCGAUACAGACCAGAUCAUAUAAAUCGGCAGUGGAAAUUUCGUGGGAUAUGUGCUAUAUUGGUCUUCCUGCAGCAGGCAUUCUGACUUCGAAACUCCUCGCGGAACAUCGACCUCAGAUAACAUCUCCAUUUCGAGAGCCGCUAGCCGCAAACAUUCGCAAGCUUAUUAUCCAAAAGCUUGGCGCUUAUGUUUCCCAUUUGACCUUCCAGGUGCAGCCGUACCAAGGAAAUUAUCAGAUUGUCCAACAAGGAGCGACAUAUAUUCGUUGGGUGCUCGACAGGAUCAAUGCGCCUAAAUGUCCUCAACCCGCUCCAUUGACUUCAGAUAUUGAUUUGCCGGAAAACUGGCUGGACGAUUGUGAUUCGGAGGGUAAUCCGGAUUUCAUGGCAUGGUUUGACAACAUUCAGUGGGCUCAGGACUCCCUUUUAAAUUUCACCUAG